GUGCUCUCUCAGUUUCUUACUCUCCUCCUCUCAAAGUCUCUUAUCUGUUCUCUAGCUUUUCGUUUCAUUCCGCAAUGGCCUCUGCCGAGAUCGAGUUCCGUUGCUUCGUCGGAGGGCUCGCCUGGGCCACCGACAACGAUGCGCUCGAAAGGGCCUUCGCUCCCUUUGGCGAGAUCAUCGAAUCGAAGGUCCGUUAGUCGCAGAGAUCGGAUGGAUCGGAUCUGUGUUUCUCUCUGUGAUCUGUGUUUCUAUGUUACUUGAUCUAUGAUACUACUCUCUGUUACUAUAUGUCACUAUGAUUCUUGUGUUUUUGCUAUCUCUCAAAAUCGGAUCAUCAACGACCGUGAGACCGGAAGGUCCAGGGGUUUUGGAUUCGUCACCUUCAGCAACGAGAAGGCCAUGAGGGAUGCGAUUGAGGGCAUGAACGGCCAGGAUCUAGACGGCCGUAACAUCACCGUCAAUGAGGCUCAGUCUCGCGGAAGCGGUGGAGGCGGCGGCGGUGGCGGUUAUGGUGGAAGCCGGGGAGGCGGUGGCUAUGGAGGCGGAGGAGGAUAUGGCGGUGGUGCCCGUCGUGAGGGUGGAGGUGGAGGCUACGGAAGUGGCGGAGGAGGAUAUGGCGGUGGUGGCCGCCGUGAAGGUGGUGGUGGGGGCUACAGCCGGGGAGGUGGUAGCUAUGGAAGUGGUGGUGGUGGUGGAUAUGGAGGUGGUGGCCGUGACCGUGGUUCUGACGGUGGCAGCUGGAGGAGUUAGAUGGAUAGGUGCUCAGGGACUGGUUUAGUUGUUAUGCGUUAUGUUUAGGGUUAGUGGGUCUGGUUCUCUUUGGUUAUGGUGGUUAUGGUUUGUGUGCUCUUGGUUCGGUUCUCUAAUUUUGAUCUAUGAAAAUGGUCACUCUAUGUUACUUUCAUGUACUCAGUCCUGAGAAAAAAAAUGGUGUUUGAGAAAUGAAGUAUAGACUCUUCGUUUG